AUGUCGCAGCGGGAGCGGAGCCCGAGCGGCGCCGACGAGGCCGGGGAGGACGCGGAGGCCGUGGUGGCGGCGGCGCUGGCGGAGCCGGACGGUCCGGACCGGUGCUUGUCGCUGCUCCCAUGGGACCGUUUCUCGGCCUGGCUGCACUGCGUGUGUGUGGUGGGCUUCGACCUGGAGCUGGGCCAGGCCGUGGAGGUAAUAUAUCCUCCACAUUCAAAACUCACAGAUAAGGAGAAAACCAAUAUUUGCUAUUUGUCUUUUCCAGAUUCUAAUUCAGGUUGUCUUGGGGACACACAGUUUUGUUUUAGAUUUCGACGGUCUACUGGAAGGAAAGUCUCGUUGUGUUGUUUUCUGGACCAAUUGGAUAGAGAUCUACCAGUUUACUUAAAGAAAGAUCCAGCAUAUUACUACGGCUAUGUAUACUUCAGACAAGUUAGAGACAAAUCAUUAAAGAGAGGCUACUUCCAGAAGUCACUGGUCCUCAUCAGCAAACUACCCUAUGUCCACCUCUUUCGCACCAUGCUCAAGCAAAUAGCACCAGAAUAUUUUGAAAAAACUGAAGCUUUCCUGGAAGCAGUUUGUAGUGAUGUUGAUCGUUGGCCAGCACCAAUCCCAGGGAAAAUACUGCAUUUGCCCAUUAUGGGCAUUAUAAUGAAGUUGCGGAUUCCAACAUAUCGUGACAAGCCUGGAACAACGCCAAUAGUACAGAAUAUGCACCAGGCAGAUGCUCAGAUCUCUCUGGCUUUACCGACUGUUCAUGAAGUAGACCUUUUCAGGUGUUUGUGUCCAGUGUUCUUUCACAUUCAGAUGCUUUGGGAACUAGUACUGCUAGGAGAACCACUAGUUGUGAUGGCACCCUCACCAUCAGAAUCUUCAGAAACCGUGCUGGCACUUGUUAGCUGUAUUUCACCGUUAAAGUACUGCAGUGAUUUCAGGCCAUACUUCACCAUACAUGACAGUGAAUUCAAAGAAUACACGACUCGCACACAAGCCCCACCAUCUGUCAUUCUAGGGGUGACGAAUCCUUUUUUUGCUAAAACACUUCAGCACUGGCCUCACAUUAUCCGAAUUGGAGAUAUUAAACUUCCAGGUGAAGUUCCAAAGCAGGUGAAAGUGAAAAAACUGAAGAACCUAAAAACUUUGGACUCCAAACCUGGUGUUUAUACCUCUUACAAGCCAUACUUGAACAAGGAUGAAGAAAUUGUUAAACAGUUACAAAAGGGUGUGCAACAGAAACGUCCUACAGAAGCUCAGAGUGUGAUUCUUCGGCGGUAUUUUUUGGAAUUGACAGAGAGCUUCAUUAUUCCAUUAGAACGUUAUGUGGCAAGCCUAAUGCCUUUGCAAAAAUGCAUAUCACCAUGGAAGAGUCCACCACAGCUGAGGCAGUUUAGCCAAGAUGAUUUCCUGAAGACACUGGAAAAAGCAGGACCACAGCUCACAUCAGGUUUAAAAGGAGACUGGAUAGGACUUUACAGGCAUUUUUUAAAAUCACCCAACUUUGAUGGUUGGUUUAGGAGCCGGCAGAAGGAAAUGACACAGAAGUUGGAGGCCCUUCAUUUAGAAGCACUGUGUAAUGAGAACUUGGUUUUCUGGAGUCAGAAGCACAGUGAAGUAGAAACGGUAGAUCUUGUCUUAAAGUUAAAGAAUAAAUUGUUGCAGGCUGACAGAGAACAGCUUCCUGUGAAAACUGACACACUGAAGAAGCUGCAGACACACAUCAAUGAUAUUAUACUAGCACUUCCAGAUGACUUACAGGACAUCUUGCUCAAAACUGGCACAACAUGAUUUCUCCUGGAAUUCUUUUUGUGCAGAAAACAAAAGGCAAAUGCUGUUUCACAGAAGACAGUGGCUUACCAGCUUUGGAACAUGGCUCUAAAUAAUACCUUAACACUACAAGUGGACUGUACUAAUGGUAUAGCUCACUAUACUAUUUUCACUGUUUUUUUCCACUUAAAUCCCAAUGCAGCUAAAGGAAUUCCUGUGUCUAAUACUGUUUGAAUUAAGUGCUCUUAAAGAAAACAAUCUGUGGGCAUAUGAAACUAUACCACAGUAUAGGACCACGGUGCAGUGCUGGCAUUGCAGAAUGUUUUCCAAUUGGUGCUGCUAUACCCGAUGCUGUUAACUCAGGGUUGAGCAAUAUUGAUCUUGUUGAUCAUCCUUUUGAUGUAGUACUACCAGAUUGUUUGUUUUUAAUUUUGGUUUUCAUCUGGUGAUAAGCCCAGCUGGCAUAUUAUGUGUCUUGGUCAGAAUACAUGAUAGUUGAGGUAUUUUAGUGGUAAAUUAUUGCUUUCAAAAUUGUUUCAGGUACAGCUGAAAUGAUCAGAUCAGUCCUUUCUCCUUACCAUCUUUACAAAACCUUAUUCAUCUUGCAUCUUUAAAGCCAAGGCAGCUGAUAAAAAUUUCCUGAAAAGAAAUCUCCUCAAUUCAAUGUCCGUUAAUUAGGGUGUUCUUACAUGCCUUAAAUAUAAAGUAAUUGUAUACUAAUUGGUGGUUUUAAACUGCUGACAUUCUAGAUUUAAAGUGGAUCACUAGUGUAAAUGUAAGUAGACAGUGUUCAUCACAGGACAUAAGUACAGUGGUGUUCUAAUACAGGUUUUACAAUCAGUGCUUUCAAUAGAAUUAGCUAAUACACAAUCUGUUUCAGAUGGAGAUCAUAGCAGUCAGUUCCUGUUAUAAAUUUAUGUUUUCUUACUUACACCAGUAGGUGUUUGAGGAGAUAAUGAGGCUGAAGAUAGAUGCUGUCAGCUUCAGCUGAAAAAGGCCUAUGGAAAGGUCAGACUGUGGCAUGAAAAGAUUGUAGCAUGAAAUUAUUCUCAGUAUAUGCAUAUAGCAGACAUGCACAGAAUAAUUUCCUCUUGCAUAUCAAGCAACAAGAAUGUGAUGUUUGUUUUCUUGAACAAAUUGCAGUGGUAAAUUCAGCUGCUCCACAUGCAGUGUUGUACUUUGACCAGUUUCAAGUAGAUUAAAAUUGUACACACAGCAUACAUUUUUACAUGACAAGUGGGUCACAGUUACAAAAAAAAAACCAAAACAAUUCUGCUUUUAAGUGCUUGGAUAGAUUUUUUUAAAAAUUAAGACAUAAUCCUGCUAUAAGAACUUGCUUUUAUAUAAUAAAUAUUACAUAUCUUUCUAAGUCAUAUUUGGAUAUAAAGUGUCACAACCAUAUUUUUAUGAAAGUAUGUAUUUUAAUACUGUUAUAGUUUGUAUACAAUUACUCAUGACCAAAAGUUUAAUGUAUCAUGUUACUUAAACUACACCACUUCAGCAUUAAUUUCUAACUUGCAAUUUUUUUUUUGCACAUUCUGAUGAAUAGCAGUUUUAAUCCAGAAAUCAGUAAGUGGCAAUUCUUGUACUGAAUUAUCUUAAAAUAUUUAAUCUGGAGCACUGUGUAGUUUUUUGGAACCAUGUAAACUGUUAAAAACUAUGCUAACUAUCACAUGACUGCAAAUACAUAUUUUUGUAAGAGAAAAAUAAAAGGUUUGAUUUUUAA